GACAUCCAUGUGAAUGGAAAGGCGUGAGCUGCGUGGAGGGCUGCCAUGUCACGAAGCUGGAUCUCUUGGCACGGAAGGAGAUCGCAGGCGACCUCGUGCCGGUCGGGAACUUGCGCCGCCUCAGGUAUUUGGACUUGUGCAACACCCUGGUAUCCGGUGGUCUGGCACCCUUGCAGAACCUCACCCAGCUCUGGUCCUUGUCCCUCUCCAACACCCAAGUUUGGGGCGACCUCGGCCACCUGCAGAACCUUACCCUCCUUGAAAGGCUCUUCCUCUCCCAAACCGAGGUGUCAGGCAACCUGCGGAGCCUGCAAGGCCUGACCCAGCUCGCUCAGCUUUCCCUGUCCCAGACGCGUGUGUCGGGUGACUUGCAAGCUUUAUCGCACCUCACCGUUCUGGGUCGCCUGCACCUUUCCCACACGCAGGUGUGGGGCGAUUUGGCGAACUUGCAGAAGCUCACCCAACUCUUCUCCCUGUCCCUUUCCCGAACCCAACUUGGGGGGAGCCUCAAGCCUUUGCAGCACGUCGGGCUUGAGAAGCUGUACCUAUCCCAAACUCAAGUGACGGGUGAUUUGGGUCCCCUGCGCAACCUCACCCGUCUUAUGCGAGUGGACCUGUCCGAAACCCAGGUGCGGGGCAUCAUGGAACCCCUGCAGAACCUCAAAAAACUUCAGUGGUUGCUGCUCUCCCGAACCCAGGUGUCGGGUGAGAUGGGCCCCCUGCAACACCUCACGCGCCUUAAGCGGCUCCACCUCUCCCAAACUCAGGCCUCCGGCAACCUGCGCAACCUGCAGGGCCUCAGGAAGCUCAGUGAGUUGCACCUCUCCCACACCCAAAUCUCGGGGGACCUGGGCCCCCUGCGGCGCUUGACACAGCUUCAGGAUCUGGACGUCUCCGACUCCCCUAUUGCGGGCGAGCUUAGUGCGCUCGUCAACCUGACGGGCCUGGCCACCGCCGACCUAGGCCACACCCGCAUCACCGGAUGGUUUUCUGCGAGUACCUGGAAAGGCUGUUGCCAGCACUUGCGCACGCUCAACCUGGUAGCCAGCAGGGCAGGUGGCGAACUCCCAAAAGUCUUCUUCCCCUUGGAGGUCUCAGAGACUGAGCCGUUUCUCCCGAGCUUGCAAGAAUUGGAUGUAUCUGGAUGCGAGCUGCGCGGAACUGUGACCGAUUUCAUGCUUGCACUCGCGGCAACACCAUUGGUCAAAGUGCGUGCGAGGGCCUGCGGCCUGCAUGGCGCAAUGCCGCGUCUGGAGAACUUGCCUGCCACAUUGAUUUUUAAUUCGACGCGGAAUGAGACGAGACCAAGUUGGGAUGCCACCUUGCUCGGGACUCUGCAGGCCAUGGACCUGUCAGAGAACAACAUCACCGGACUCGAGGAGUUACCUGCAGCCUCGCAAGUUCGCUUGCAGCGGAACGGCCGGCCCCUGGUGCUUGCACCAGUGGCAGUGCAGACAGCCCUCAGCCGACAGACGUUCCUGGACUUAUCCGGCACGGCUUUGGCAAACAAGGAGGACAUGAAGCAGUUGCUCAAGAAGGAGCUGAAGCUGCAAGACGCCAG